AUGAAGCGGAAGGCUACAACCAUCGAGGGACCACGUAAACAUCCCAACUACAGGACCAUCCUGGAUGAGUGUGACGUCACCUUACCACUCAUCAAGGAAGCUCUUGAGUUGGUACCACAAUUGAGUGACGUAGGUAUAAGGCGUACAUUUAUCGAGCGAUGGGUUGCAGAAUGCUCGAGACAUGAAAAUUUGCUGUCGAGCAUUCUAAAAUCGAUGUAUUUUACACAUCAGAAGCAGAGAUGUGUGAGCAUUCUGCAAUCAAUAAUCAGAUUUCGCGCUUUAUUCGAGUCUUAUGUUGUAGAUGGCGCUGGAAUCGGUGAUCCAGACAUUAAUAAUCGCGUGCGCUGGGAAGAGUGUGAGAGUGCUUUUGCAUGUAGACUAUAUACUAAUGCGGUUCUGAAUUUAGUCCAUAUUGAUAUUAGCGCGUUUUUGGACGAUGCGUCCAGGCUGUUUCAGGACCGCAUUAGAGAUGCUUUGAACAAGUACGGCCCCAUUUUGGUGUACGGUGUUCUCAUCGCCAACUUUAAGAGGGUUGAGAAUGGUGAAGAGGUUGUUAAGCCUAUUCCUUUCGGAUGCAAGGCUAACAGUAUCUUCACCACAACCCUCUUAGAUGAUUGGUUCGAUGAGAACAUUAAACAGCCAAUCUUGCGCAGCGUGGAAGAGUUUCACGCAAAGGGUUCGAAUUGGAACCUUCAAUCGAUUAUAAGGGACAACGAGUGCUUUAAGUGGGCGGUACUCUCAGCCUUGCAUUCAAACGUGUCACAUCCGGAGCGUGUUUCCAGCUACAAUAAAUUUAAAGAUGAAUUAAAUUUUGAAGGGAUUGAAUUCCCAGUAGCGUUAAAAAAUGUCCCAAAAUUUGAAAAGCUGAAUGACAUCUCAAUUAACGUCUAUGGCCUUUCAAAGUUCUACGGUGACUUUUCGGUGCAUCCUCUUCACCUUACUGCGGAGAAAAGAGAUAAACAUGUAAAUCUCUUAUACGUUGCGGAUAUGUAUGCGGAUGAGAGUGUUAAAGAGAAUGUAAUAUGCGAUGAUGGUGAUUUCAUGAAUUUUCACUACGUGUGGGUGAAUGAGUGUAAAAUUAAAUUACCAAAGCCCGAUAAGUGUACAAUCACGUUUAAAAAUUAUAAAAAUAAGGAAAAAGUUCCUUUUGUGAUAUACGCCGACUGUGAAAGUUUACUUCUUCCCGCCGAUGAAGAUGUAGACAAUUUAAGUAAGACUGAAGUGUUCCAGCGACAUAAAUUGUUAAGCAUCGGCUAUUAUAUAAAAUGUAGUUACGAUGAAUCAUUAUGUAAAUAUGUACCUUGUCCGAAGCAUGAAUCCGACCCUGCUAAAUGGUUCACUGAGGAAUUAAGGCAAUUAUCUGAAAAAAUUGAUAAUGUCUUUAAAAAUCCAAUACAAAUGACUGCCUUAACUCCUCAGGAAGUCAAUGAUUUCAAGCGAGCGACUAUUUGUCACAUUUGUCAUCAGAAAAUACCGGUGAAUGUAAAGAAAGUCCGCGAUCAUUGUCACCUUACUGGCAAGUAUAGGGGUGCUGCACAUGAGUCAUGUAAUUUAAACUAUCAAGAUUGUCAAACGAUCCCCGUAGUGUUUCACAAUUUAAGUGGCUAUGACGCACAUUUUAUAAUCCACGCGAUUUCGACGAGCUUUGAAGGGAAAAUUGACCUCCUCCCCAUUAACAAGGAGAAGUACAUCUCCUUCACAAAACAUGUUAAGGGGAGUGAGGUCAAAUUAAGAUUCAUCGACUCGUUUCGAUUCAUGGCAGCAUCCCUAGAAAAACUCGCAUCGUACUUAGACGAGUAUAAAAUUGUAAACAGCGCUUUUACCAGUACGGAUCAGGAUAAAAUUAAAUUAUUAACGCGAAAGGGUGUAUUCCCUUAUGAGUAUUUAGAUUCGCGGAGUAAGCUUAAUGAGACUGAAUUACCUCCUAAAGAGAAGUUUUACAGUACUCUUUACGAUGCCGACAUUUCUGAUGAAGAGUAUGAGCAUGCGCAGCGUGUAUGGUCCGAGUUUGAUUGUCAAAAUCUUAAUGAUUAUGUACACUUGUACAUGAAAACUGAUGUAUUAUUGCUUGCAGAUGUUUUUGAGAAUUUCCGAGAACAAUGUAUUAAAGCGUACGGAUUAGAUCCAGCACACUAUUAUACAACCCCUGGUUUAACUUGGGAUGCUAUGCUGAAAUAUACAUGCAUAACAUUGCAACUUAUAACCGACAUCGAUAUGAUCAUGUUUGUUGAGUCAGGUAUCAGAGGUGGCAUUAGUCAAUGUUGCAACCGCUAUGCCAAAGCGAAUAAUCCUUAUAUGGAGAAAUUCGAUGAAAACGAAGAUACAAGUUAUAUAAUGUACUUCGAUGCCAACAAUUUGUAUGGCUGGGCAAUGGCACAAGCGCUCCCAUAUGGUGGUUUCAAAUGGGUUGACAACGUUGAUGAAUCCUUUGACUUUAAUGUACCUGACGACGCUUCAGUCGGGUACAUUUUGGAAGUUGACUUGGAGUAUCCUAAAGACAUCCACGAUACUCAUAAAGAUAUGCCAUUUUGCGCUGAAAAUGCAAAACCACCUUUAUCGAAGCAAGAGAAAUUAUUAACUACUCUCCUGCCCAAAGAAAAAUAUGUCAUUCACUAUCGAACGCUAAAGCAAGUUCUUGCAAACAGUGUUAAGCUUGUUAAAAUCCACCGUGUCUUACCCUACAUCGAUUAUAACACAAUAAUGCGAACCAACGCCAAAAAUGAGUUUGAGAAAAAUCUGUUCAAGCUCAUGAACAACGCGGUGUAUGGUAAGACGAUGGAAAAUGUCCGUAAGCAUGUCGAUGUGAAGCUUGUCACCAAAUGGUUUGUCCGCUACGGAGCCGAAGCUCUCAUCGCACGGCCGAAUUUCCACAGUCGAUCGAUUUUCGAUGAAAAUUUGGUUGCCAUUGAGUUACAUAAGACUGAGGUACUGCUCAACAAACCCAUCUAUGUAGGGUUAAGUGUGCUUGAUAUAUCUAAGACGCUAAUUUACGAUUUCCAUUAUGGUCACAUGUUGAAAAAAUACGGCGAUGCUUGUAAACUGCUGUAUACCGAUACAGACAGUCUUAUCUACGAAAUCAAGUGUGAAGAUAUUUACAAAGACAUGAAAAAAGAUAUUGACAAGUUUGAUACAUCUGAUUAUCCCGCGAAUAACGUCUAUGAUAUUCCGCAAGUCAACAAAAAAGUCCUCGGCCUCAUGAAAGAUGAGUGCAACGGCAGAAUUGUAAUUGAAUUUGUUGGCUUGCGGAGUAAGAUGUACAGUGUACGAGUCGAAGAUAAAGAUUUUAUUAAAAAAGCUAAAGGUGUUAAAGCCGGCGUUGUUAAAAAGACAAUUCAAUUUGAUGAUUAUGUAAAAUGUCUGCGAGAUUUUGACAUUCAAACUCGAACACAAUAUAAUAUUCGAUCGCGGCUUCACAAUCUUGAAACUGUGAAGCAGGUAAAAGUAGCUUUAAGUCCGCAAGACGACAAGCGGUAUUUGUUACCGGGGAGUACCGAUACUCUACCGUGGGGUCACUAUGUGAUCCCAAAUCUCGACGAUUUGUAA